AUGGCACUAUCUGGUCUUGAUCAUCGUGCUUUAGCCCCCAACUCAUCUAAUAUUUCGCCCUAUUCUCCUCAUCAUGACAAUCCCACCCCUGAAAAUAAGAGUCUGCCGCCUCUGCUGGCGACGAGUGUAUCUAUUCAGCGGCCGUCUCAUCCCCCACCCAAACCUCUAUGGCCACAUCAUGAGAAAAAACCACGAACUGUUGAGACUCAUGUGGACUCUGUUUCUCAAUCUCCGUCUGUAUCCGCAUCACGACAAACGUCGUGUGCUAACGAGGAUCGCAUGGACUCCUCCGUCGGCUCAUGCCCUGGUCAUGGGUUGUGCAAUGGCAUGGGCGGAUCAACAGAGUGCGACGGAUGUCCUACGUACAACAAUGUAAAGGCUAACCCCACCUGGGUUCCGCCACUGAGUGCUGCACCAGCUGAUGAUUCAUUGCAGGCAUCGACAGCGCAAGCUCAGGCAUCGGCGCCCACCUCCGUUUCUACGGCAGCGCCUUACAAAAGCUUCACCAAUGAAAAGCAAAGCUCAAUUGAGCCGCUUCGAUGCACAAACUGUCAGACAACGACGACGCCAUUGUGGCGUCGUGAUGAAGAAGGAAACAAUAUUUGUAAUGCCUGUGGCUUGUACUUCAAGCUGCACGGCACUCAUCGCCCCAUUGGCAUGCGAAAGACUGUGAUCAAGCGCCGCAAGCGCCUUAUGGGACCUUCCACAAACGGAUCGAAUCUGCUACAAGCUCAGCACCAAACAAAGUCAGUAUCGCCGAUGGCCAAGGGCAUGACGCGUAUCAAGUCAAACGAUGAAGAGACGCCCAUUUGUCCUGAACGGGAGCGUGAAGCUGCUCUUGUGUUGAUGGAAGUUGGCUCUUCGCGCCUCCCACAAGCUGGAAGCUCUUCACCUCAUCGUGAGACGGAUGAAUCGGGCGAAUGGUCCUACGCCUCGCAGCAUGACUAUGCGCCACAUGUCUGCGGUGGUCGUUUGUUUAGGGGCUUCCAGACCUUGGCGUAUGCACCCCGUGUCUCCUACGGCUCUCGUUUACUUGAGCUCGAGCGAUUGCGUGACGAGCUUUACAUGGAGCGCAAUCACCUUGAUGAACUACUCGACCGCACCGAGCAAACACUUGUGGAGCUUCGUCAUGCGCGUUAUGAUGUCACGAGUUAUACGCCCCCUUACACAGUGCCCUAUCUCCACUCACCACCUGUGGACGAUGCACCACGAAGGGCCCAUGGACCCUUCAGUCCCGCCACCCGUGCCAUGGAACAUACCAUUAAAGAAGUGCCUGAUAUGCCAGGGCCCCGCCUCACUCCGCCACCGACGUGGCGUACGCGUGAUCGUAAGGCGUAA